GCUGAAUUGUUGCAUUCUAACAUUUAGGUCCUCUGCAAUACAAAAAUCAGAGAUAAGUUUCUCUCUGAUCAUCGACACCCCACCGUUAAUCUCUCUGAGGCCUGAGGCGCUCCCUCUCUCUCAUAGCUCAUUGAUCCCAAAUCUCUUUAGCGGGAGACGUUUGAAACCCUUUUCCGCUCAACUGGAUUUGAUAUGCUCCUCUUUUCCAAAGAAUCUACGAAAUUUUUUGGAAAAUUUUACUUGCAGUUCCACUGGGAAGUGUAACCACUAGUAUAUGGACAUGCAAUGCCGCCAACAUAAGGCCCAAUGGCUGAUGAUAUUUGGCUUCUUCUUCCUCUUGAUCUUAACCAGCAAUUGGGCAUGUCAUGCCUUUGCUUUUUCUCCUGACCACCAGGCAAGCAUUGUGGGAAGCGUUGAGAGGAGAAUCUUUGGCUGUUUGCCGUGCUCUCGAGCUUACCUUGCCAUCUCUUAUUUUGAUCACCACGAUAGCCUGCUUGAAUCAGAUUUUCAUGAUUUUUUAGCUCAGGAAUUCGGUCCAGGUGACUUUUGUAGGGGGCUGGCCAAUGAUAUGAAUGUGCUUCGACUUGCAGACCUACACCGUCAUCUGAGCGGUGAAGGUUCUCAUCGACAUCUGGUUUCCACCUUGAGAUUUGUUAACCAAUCAGAUGCUGUGAAGUGGCUUGAUUCUCACUCUUGUGAAGCAGUGGUUAUUGAAAGACUUCCAAUUGGAGUCUUUGCAGAUCCAUUUGAGCUGCAACAUCUUGUCCACCUUAGAGUCUUCCUUGAUGCUGCCGUUUUUGGAGACUCGAAUCUGGAAUUACCCUCUGCUCUGUCCAACAGAUCAAUUGUUGAAAUUCACAUGGAUAUAAGGAACGAGUAUUUGGAGAACUAUGAAACUGCUAUUCAAUUACCACUGCAUGCUCGAUAUCCACCCCUUGACUCCAGUGGUUAUGCAAGGAUCGAAAUAGGCAGGCCAGACUUGUUUGUACGUUGUAGACCAAAACAAUUACAACCAGAGUCCUGCUCAUGGACACUUAAAAAUCUGGGUGCUGGAUAUGCGAAAAAUGUCAUGUGGCAGGUACCUUGUGGAAAUGAGGCACAUACAGGAAUUGUAUCCAGCAUUACUUUUGCUUCAGCACUAACAUGUGCUUUAGUAAUUGUUUUAUCUGCUAUUUAUUUUUCUGGGAGCAAUAAUAUCAAAUGCUCAUAAUGAUCAUUAGCAGCAAUGCUUUUUUAUGUUAUUGGAUGCCUUUUUCUCUACCCAGUUUGUUAAAUUUGUAUUGAAGGUUUCUUCGUGAUCAUUAGUAUAAAGAAUAUUUCUUCUUUGUUUUA